UAGCCAGUGCUACGGUGUGCAGUUGUGGGUGUAGGAUGCACUCACUACGGUUACUUCUCUGAUGAGCACGAGACAUCGGAGGUUAGGUUAAUGCGCGUUCGUGAAAAUACCAGUGUUGGGUACCGCUUUUGAAGCUGUUUUAAUCAUCAUCUGUGUUACUUUUGACAAAUAAAUAAUUACCCGUUAGCCGAAUGGACAACUAUCAAGUCAGCUAGCCUGGUUGCUAUCCUGAAGAGGACAACGAAAUUCAAGAAGGAAAUGUGUUAACUGGAGAGUGAGACAACGGUUUCCUGUUUUCGCCCGAGUCCAGGUUGAAUCCACAGUCACAUCUGGAUUGAGAGCACAAGAGACGUGGAGAUGCAGACGUUUAUGAAAGGCAAGAGAGUGGGCUAUUGGCUCAGCGAGAAAAAAACGAAGAAGCUGAAUUUUCAGGCGUUUGCAGACAUGUGCAGGAAAAGGGGGAUCGAGGUGGUCCAGCUGGACCUGAGCCUGCCCCUGGAGGAGCAAGGCCCUCUGGACGUCAUCAUCCACAAGCUGACUGACCUCAUCCUGGAAGCGGAUCAGAACGACAUGCAGGCUGUCCUGCUGGUGCAGAGAGUACAGGACUACAUCGAGGCCCACCCUGAGACCAUAGUUCUGGACCCUCUACCAGCCAUCAGGACCCUGCUGGACCGCUGCAAGUCCUACCAGCUCAUCCACAGGAUAGAGGACUGCAUGCAAGAUGACAGGAUCUGCUCUCCUCCCUUCAUGGUUCUGAACACAGACUGUGGUCCAGAUACUCUGCAGCAGAUUCAGAAGCAUGGACUAACAUUCCCCUUCAUUUGCAAAACACGUGUAGCACACGGAACUAACUCCCACGAGAUGGCCAUCAUCUUCAGUGAGGACGACCUGAAGGACGUGCAGCCUCCCUGCGUGGUCCAGAGCUUCAUCAACCACAACGCCGUCCUCUACAAGGUGUUUGUGGUCGGGGAGUCCUACAGCGUGGUGGAGAGGCCCUCUCUCAAGAACUUCCCUGCUGGGCCUGCAGACAGGAAAGCUAUAUUCUUCAACAGCCACAACGUGUCCAAACCAGAGUCAUCCUGUGACCUGACGUCUAGAGACAAUGUAGAGGGCGUGUCCCAGCCUCCUAGCGAUGACGUCAUCAGGGAGGUGUCCCGCUCCCUGCGCCAGGCGCUCGGCGUGUCCUUGUUCGGUAUCGACGUCAUCAUCAACAACCAGACGGGUCAGCACGCCGUCAUCGACAUCAACGCAUUCCCAGGUUAUGAGGGCGUCUCCGAGUUCUUCAACGACCUCCUGACCCACAUCACCACCGUCCUCCAGGCCCACGCCCCAGACGGCCCCUCGGCCCCCACACAGGCCCCCAGCCCGGCGCCCGCUCCCCCAGCCUGCUGCAGCGUGCUGGGCAAGGAGGCUGGCGGCAGCCCCUGGAUCGUGGAGGGGGACGGAGGCCUGAAGGGGCCUCGCCAGAGACUGGGCUGCAACUCAGCCAUGUCCCCCAACUUCCAGCAGCACUGCGUCUCCACGAUAGCCACCAAAGCUUCCUCCCAGUGACUGCCCUGUUCAGCCCCCUCCACGUUCUGUCCCCACACCAAAACAGAUGACAUCGGUGACAAUAUUAAUGAAUAAUAGUCAUAAUAAUUAUGAUAUUAAUGAAUUAUAAUAUAUCUGUAAUCAAAAAAACAACUUUCCUAUGUAGAUAUUGAUGAUGAUGGUGAUUGGGUGUUGGAUCAUUUUAUUUUCUCUCUGCCUUUUUUUGUACUUUUCGGUUUAGUUUUAAUAAGACUUACAGUACUGUCAUGUGAACUUCUGGGAACUCUGCUUAAUUGCUGAUUUUGUUUGUGUGUGAAAUCGGAACAAGGCUAAGAGGUCCACAGGAGGAGGGAGGAGAGAAGACCCCAGGAAACUGGCUGCUUCACUUCCCUGUACCACACACGUGUACACACACAUAGAAACACACAUACAUACACACACGGACACACACAUACGGACCCACACACACACACAUUCUCACAACCUUGCCCAACAACCACAGGUGUGUGUGCAUUGUAAUAUAUCCCUCUGGGCUCAAUCUGAAACAGAGAGGAUCUGCAUCUGGCAUGUGGGUGAUGGCUGCUCUCACGCAGGAGCAAAUGAGCUUAUAAAGUUGUCAAGAUGACUAGAACUCAUGGUUAUGUUGGAUAAGAUGACAUGUCAUCACUGUUUACUUUCCUGUGUGCCAUCUAAGUAACAAGACUGUGUGUGUGCAGGGCUGGUGCAGGUCUGGUCCGGGUCUGGGCCAAACUGAAGACUCACGGCUACGCACGAACCGUCCUCUUACGUUUUAUAGUCUAGAGAUGUGUACCUCCAUGAUCUUGAGACCAAGUUCUGUUGACUUGAAGUGAUGUUUCUGGGCUUGUGAAGGGUUGGGAGGUGUUAGGGGGGGCAUGCUGCAGUUUCCAAUAGGCACAGCAGCAUCAGAUUCCAUUUCUCAUCUGUUAUCAAAUAAGAAUUUUCAGUAUUCCAAUGCUUAAAGGAAGUAAAGAAAUGACAAAACAACGUCCUGUGCCGUACAAGAAGUGAACGGACAGGUUUCAUUAGGUUUAGAUUAGAAAACAUUCUACAAAGAAAUGUAGAUUGCCAUUGUCCAUAGAGCAAUACCUUGUGUUAAAGUACGCUUCUCAAACACACAACUGUUCUAUACCAUUGAUGACUACACCCUGCUUGGGGAACAACCGUCUCUUGAUCUCUCUGUCGAAUCAAAACUGGGCCUUUAUAAAUACAGUGUGGUUAAUUAAUAUUGUUAAAAAAUGAUCUUUUUCCACUACAAGUAUUUGUAUAGUCGACGUAAUCAACAUAAAUAAUUAUUUUUGUUACCAUGAAAUGAGAUUCGGUUGUUUUGUUCAGUCUCAUGAACAUUCCAGUUGCAGUUAGACAGCUGGUACUAGUCGAGCCCUUAACUGCUAAUCUUCUAACUGGUUAACAGCAGAAAUUCAACAAGCUGUAAACAUCUUACUCUCCUGCUGUCAUUGUGUGCUUCGAGGUAUCACAGAUUUAGAAUUAGAGGUGGGAAAAUCCUAAUUCUUGUUCCCAAUGUUCACUGUGAGAUAUCCUUUUUUACUUCUAUUUUGUUAAUGUCUUCGUCCUUACGUCUACUAAGAGCAACAAUUUAUUUUAUUGAGAUUUUAUGGGAAAAGUGAUUUUUUAUAUAAACAGCGAGUGAUUAUUUGAACAAACGGUGGAUUUAUGUCGGGGAAAGAGUGAAUUGGAGAGUCCGGUUGAAUGGGUAAACAUCUACAGAACUGUUACAGGACGGAGUAGCCUUUGUGUGCCUAGAUGUACACAGGACAAGGUUUAGAG